CAUCAGGGCACUGAUGAUCAGUGUGGCCCCAGAAGUGCCACCUGUCAGUGCUCAAUGCCACAUAUCAAUGCCCAUCAGUGCAUACCAAUAUCACAUCAAUGCACAUCAAUUCCACAUAUCAGUGCCCAUCUGAGCUGCCUUUCAAUGUCACCCAUCAGUGCCACGUAUCAAUGCCAAUCAGUGCCACCUAUCAGUGCUGCCAAUCAGUGCCACCUAUCAGUGCCAGUCAGUGCCAUGCCUAUCAGUGCCAGUCAGUGCCAUCUAUCAGUGCCUGUCAGUGCCGCCUAUCAGUGCCAGUCAGUGCCACCUAUAUGUGUCCAUCAGUGCAGCCUAUCAGUGCCCAUCACUGCAGCCUCAUUAGCGCACCUGUCAGUGUCCAUCAGUGCCAGCUCUCAGUGCUCAUCCAUGCCACCUGCCAGUGCCCAUCAG